AUUUCAAACAUAUAUCUUGACGGACCUGCAAAUGUUAAUACAUGUCUUGGAAGUCUUUGUCAAGGCUCGUCUGAGAACAAUAUAGAAUCACCAGGUCCGUCUUUAUUUCAUAAACGAACAACACCGGGCUAACUAGUCCAACCGGUUGGAUCGCAAAAUCGAAAACGGCCCUGGCUCCUGUCAUCUGACUUAUCACCACCUACUGUUAAAUGAUGGCGGCGUACAGGGCACAGCCUGCAUUCUGCAGAGGGGUACAUACCCUAGCUGUUUCAGCGGAUCUGUUCAAAAUAAACAGGAAAAGACUGUGUGAAAUUCUAAAGAACAAAGUCCCAAAAGGGGCACUGGUACUACUACAGGGCGGAGAGUCGGAAACACGCCACUCUUCAGAUCACGAACCUAUCUUUAGACAGGAGUCUUACUUCCACUGGACAUUCGGAGUAGAGGAGCCAGACUUCUUUGGAGCUAUAGAUGUUGACACCCAGAAAAGUAUCUUGUUCCCUCCUAAAUUGCCAGACUCUUAUGCAGUGUGGAUGGGGAAACUCUUAGAGCUCGAAGACUUCAGAGUGAGAUAUGGUGUGGAUGAAGCUCAAUGGGCCUGUGAUAUUGCUCAAGUUCUCAAGACUAAAGCACCUUCUGUAAUCCUUACCCUGAGGGGGAUGGACACAGACAGUAGUAAUUAUACUAGGGAGGCAGCCUUUGAUGGUAUUAGCGAGUUUAAAUUGGACAACAUAGCCCUUCAUCCUCAGAUUAUGGAAUGCCGUGUGUUCAAGACUGAUGAGGAGCUGGAGGUACUUCGUUACAGCAACCAACUCAGCAGUGAGGCUCACAAGGAGGUUAUGAGAUGUAUCCGGCCAGGAAUGUAUGAAUACCAGUUGGAAAGCAUAUUUCGUCAUUAUUGUUACUACAAUGGUGGGGCACGGAACCUGGCCUACACUUGUAUCUGUGGAACAGGUGACAAUGGAUCAGUGUUACACUAUGGCCAUGCAGGAGCUCCAAACUCUAAACAGGUCAACGACGGAGACAUGUGCUUAUUUGACAUGGGCAGUGAAUACUGUUGCUAUGCCUCAGAUAUCACAUGUUCCUUCCCAGCCAAUGGAAAGUUCUCACAGAAACAGCGUAACAUAUAUGAGGCUGUCCUUGCGUCUAGUCAAGCUGUCAUGGCUGCCAUGAAACCAGGUGUAUCCUGGGUAGAUAUGCACCUGUUGGCAGACCGAACCCACUUGGAGGAAUUGAAGAAGAUCGGACUAGUACAGGGUGAUGUUGAUGAGAUGAUGAAAGUCAGGCUAGGGGCAGUGUUCAUGCCACACGGGCUUGGACAUUUCAUGGGGAUAGACACACACGAUGUUGGGGGUUAUCCAGAGGGUACAGAGCGAAUAGAUAAGCCAGGCCUGCGGUCACUUCGGACAGUACGGACACUUGACCACCGCAUGGUCAUCACAGUAGAGCCAGGGAUCUAUUUCAUUGAUGUGCUGAUAGAUGCUGCCCUGAACAACCCAGAGCAGGCACGGUUUUUGGUGAGGGAACAAAUUGACCAGUACCGAGGCUUUGGAGGGGUGAGGAUUGAGGAUGACGUCACUGUAACAGAAGAUGGGAUGGAGUGCCUUACAUGUGUUCCAAGGACAGUGGAGGAGAUUGAGGCUAUUAUGAAGGAGGGCCAUAACAGACCUCAUGUGCCUCUUCCUCAAGAAACAGAGAAACUGGCAUGAGAAAGAUGUCAUUGAAAAGAAAUUUAGAAACAGUGUGCUGUUCAAAUGAGUGACAUGUUACCUGUUGUUUAAACAGAAUAUUGACUUUGAAAAUGGAUAUUGGUUAUUAUUUAGAGUUGUCAGAAUGAUUACAUUAAAAUGUCAUAUAUGUAGUACCUUUUUUCAAUUUAUAAUUUGACAUUUAUAUAAUGAAAUUUAAGAGUUAUAAUUCAUCAAUAUUAUCAUAUGAUGUCUUAGACUUCAUUUACAAUACAUAACACAAUAUGUACAAAUCUCAAGGCGUUAUAUUUAUUGGGAAACAAUUGUCAAAGCAUUCUGUGGUCUGUUGUACAUAAUACCUGAUAUUUAGUUGUAAAUUAUAUUUAAAGUAAUGGUUUGCUGUAUAUACCCAAUAUUCAGUUGAAAUGUAAAGUAUUGGUGCCAUAUUUUGUACUUGCUGCCUCAUUUGUAUGGUCAUGCACGUUUACUAUAAAAAACAAAUCUAAUCCCUGUAGAUAACAUGGUAUGGAAUAUGGUCUUUUCAAGAUCGCGGACCAGGGUUAGCAAAGAAGGUAGCUCUUAACUUCAAGCUACAGAUCAGUUGUUUGUACACACAUUGUGACCGUAACAAGUACCGUACUGUACUCAGAAAAAUGCCAACUUUAAAUUAUUAUUGUUAUUUUUGUUCUUAAAUUCCAAAAUGCAUGCUAAUCCACAGUGAAGUUGGACGAAUUGUUGAAAUCGUAAUCAAGGGGGAAUCUGUGGUUUUAAUUUGCUGAUAUCAAAUUAUUUAAAAGGGUCUAAUGUCUCUCUACCUUGUCAGAAUUACUCCCCAGUGAGAUCAGAUAACACAUGAUAUCCAAAGGCUUUUCGAAAAUCAAGAGAUAAACAAAUUGUACUUAUGUUAGGGAUUGGUCCAACGUUAUAAAAUUCAUGUUUUUGGAAAAAAAUGCAAUGGAUUGGUUGCAAAAAUCAUAUCAUCUGGUUAUGGAUUAGUCCCAAAACAAUUGUACAUGUAUAUGUAAUGCACUAUAACUAUGAUUGUUUAAAAUGAUUGUUGCAAUAUUUCAUAUCAAAAUUAGGUCCAAAAUGGCUGUUUCCCUCCUAAUUGAGAGUUGACACACACAUUCAAACAAAAUUUAUACAUUUACCAUGUCUGUCUCAUGUAUUAAAUGAUAUAAUAAAGGAUUCCAUUGUGCAUAUAUAUGUAUACUAGGUAUGUAAUAAUUCUAUGUGAACUACAAUAUUAAAUAUACUUUCGUAAUUUGGUUGUCUCAUCUUCACAGAAAUUGUACAUUUGAAAAUUGUUAUUCUUCAUUAAAGAUAUGCUGACUAGUGCAAAAUUUGCUGGAGCAAAUAUCUUAUUCAGAUUUUUUUUAAUAAAGGAAAUGUCAUGUUUUCAAAUUGUUUCAUUUUUAUCCCAUGGAUUACACUUUGUCUGUUCAGUUAAUAAAACAGCUUUGAACGUUUAAUUACUCCAAAAGCUUGGACAGAUUUUAUAUCAAAUAUUAUCAAACGGAAAUUAAAGAGUUAUGACUUUGUUGAUUUGGAUGCAGGUGUCUGCUAAUAUAUCUAAACAUAUUGCAAACGGGUUCCAAAUGUGUAUAAUAAUGAACUCCCACCAAAUUUCAGUCCAUUUCUAUUGAACAUUUCAAACAUUAAUUCUAAAAGCAAUUGAGAACUUGGUAUACCACACGUGUAUUACCUAAUAAACUUCUGCUUCACCAUAAACUUGUUUUAAAUGUAACAUUGGCUCUUUAUGUUCACAAGUUUACAUGGCUUAAUAAUACAAGCUAUAAUUACGGGUGUUUUAAUGCAGAAUUUGUCACGUAAUAAAAAUGUAUUCAUGUUGGAAUCAACUACUGUAAAUUUCCUUAUUUUAUUGACGAGGGGGUUGGGUGUAUCUUCUAUAGUUUCUUAUCUCCUUCAAUCUGCCUUCUCGCCCGCAAUCUUGUUUUGUUUUUGGAUAAGCAGAAGAACUAAAAUACAUGAUGGUGAGAAGUCAAAUUGUCUCGCUUAUAAACCGCAAGACAACCAAAGUGUAUUAGUCUCGAGACAAAAUCAGUUUUAUUGACCUAAUUAUUUUUACAAGAAAAGUCAAUUCACCUGUAUAUAGUAGGCAAUGGGAUACUGUAUAUCAAUUUUCUUUAUAAAUGCAGUAAAUAUAGCCUCAUAAUUCGGUCAACAUUUUUUAUUUAAAUACUUCAAAAACCAAAAUUCAAAAGAUCAUAGUUUUGAAAAAAAAA